UGGACCACGUACUCCGCUAAAAUCCACGUAUUUUUUGACUAAGUUUGUGAUUAAGUUUCAUGGAAGUUUAGACUAAAAACCGCUUAUUCUCGCUGUGGUGUGUUGAACUCUUUAAACAAUGAAGCAGUUUAACCUCUUCUCCACCCUCCUUGUAAGCGCGGUCGUUUUGUUGCUCGCGGAUGUGGCACUAGCCGGCCGGGAUUUCUACAAAAUUCUAGGCCUCCGGAAGACGGCCAGCAAGAACGAGGUGAAAAAAGCGUACAGAAAACUGGCCAAAGAGCUACACCCGGACAAAAACAAAGACGAUCCGGAUGCGUCCCAAAAAUUCCAGGAUCUUGGUGCCGCCUACGAAGUGCUAUCGGACGAUGAUAAGCGCAAGCUGUACGAUCGGUGCGGUGAGGAAUGCGUGAAGAAGGAGGGCAUGAUGGACAACUCGGAUCCGUUUGCGCAGUUUUUCGGUGCAGACUUUGGGUUCGGAUUCGGUGGCCAGGAGCAGCGUGAAACGCCACGCGGAGCUAACAUCGUGAUGGAUCUACACGUCACGCUAGAAGAACUGUACAGCGGAAAUUUUGUUGAGAUUACACGGAACAAACCGGUGAUGAAGCCGGCCUCCGGAACGCGCAAGUGUAAUUGUCGCCAGGAGAUGGUGACGCGGAACUUGGGCCCCGGUCGGUUCCAGAUGAUGCAGCAAACCGUGUGUGACGAGUGUCCCAACGUAAAACUGGUGAAUGAGGAACGUACAAUUGAAAUUGAGAUCGAACCGGGAAUGGAAGAUGGACAGGAAACGCGCUUCUCCGGCGAGGGCGAACCGCACAUGGAUGGCGAUCCGGGCGAUUUGAUUCUAAAGAUUAAGACGGUGCCACACCAGAAGUUCGAGCGACGGGGUGACGAUCUGUACACGAAUAUCACGAUCAGCCUGCAGGAUGCGCUCAUCGGCUUCACGAUCGAUAUUGUGCAUCUUGACGGUCACAAGGUGACGGUGACGAGGGAAAAGAUCACCUGGCCGGGUGCCCGAAUUCGCAAGAACGGCGAGGGUAUGCCAAACUACGAGAACAACAAUCUUCACGGAACGCUGUACAUCACGUUCGAUGUGGAGUUUCCAAAGACGCAGCUCAGCGAUACGGAAAAGGAAGACAUAAAAAAUCUGCUCAACCAACCCUCCAACAAUCGAGUGUACAACGGUCUGCGAUACUCGUAACUAUGCUACAACCCGCAUACGGCAUACGGGCACACAGCGUGGCCACAGGGAAAACUAAUUAAGAGCCAUGAGACUACCGCCGGCCAGGCUCAGAAAUAGCUUGAUCUACUCUUAGGAAAUCAACAAAUUUAGUGUAUGAACCUAGCGAGGGACACCGGACUCCCCGGUAGAUUUCUUUCUUUAGGGCGUCUGCGAGGGCAGUAUAAUCGUCUAACCAAUUUGAUCGUGUCGGGACCGUUUUUGCGUUCCGGUAGCAAGCGGGUGCUAGCAUAUUUAUUACUCCAAUUGCGUUGUCCCUUCCUGAACCGAUUCUUACGGCUUCUGUUCCCUACGUCAGGCACAAUGCGCCCCAUACCUUUUCUCCUUCUCCGAUGCCGAUUUUGUAAAUAAUGCGUUAGUUCGAAACUAAGCGAAAGUAAUGAUUACGAAAUCCAAUAAAGUCAAAUGAACAAAUGAGUUUGUUUCAGUAGCAUCAGCU